UUGGGACUGGAUCUUUGUUGAAGGGUGUAUGGAUGCCACGUUGUCUAUGAAUACUCCGAGCCGUUGGUCGUCCCAUUGCAGCAUAGUGCAGUAUGUACGGGUACUUAGCAUAGUGGUAAGGAUUGAAUCCAAAGAAUCCGGUCAGUCGAAUCAUGGGAUCGCCAUAUAUUGAGGUGCACGCAAGCUGAUGGUUACACCUGCAGGAGCAACUCCUUCGUAACCCAAAGUGGCAGUAGUGGAUUUUGAUGGAGAGAUGCCGCAAUGCCGGUGACGACGUGGUGGAUGAUGAUUGAUUUGAAGUCGAAAAAGAAAAGCCGUCGUUCAGAGUACGAUGGGGAUCAUGAGUACGGUGAGUACGGAGGGUUAUGUGAGUAUGGACGAUGAGUACGAUGUGUACUACUGUCUAUGAGCUGACGUGAGAGGCAGAGGCGGCAUCGACUGAAGGCGGUGGUUAGUGCAUGUAAGAGUAGCAAGAGCCACCUAAAGGGAGGGGGUAUGGGGGUAUGGAUGCAUGAGCCAUGCAGGUGAGCCAUGGGGGUACUGUACGGUUAACUCGGGACUUGUAGGUGCGGGUACGUAGGUAUGUACGAGUGACACCUGCAAGGCUACUCUAGGUAUCACAGCACUUCGUACCUCCAUCCUCUCUUCGCCAAACACCAUGCCAACUAUCUACUCAUAUACUCCAUCCUCUACCAACACUUUGUCAGUGUGGAUAGCGACAACGACAGCGACAGCGAUACUGUACUCAGUUUCGGAUUGCAGCUGAGUUCAGGAUGAGGUCUAUCCAUGCUGCCUGCCCCUGCGACUGGGCAGGUCUUGCGAUACUUUCCAUGUGGCGGACCUGACGAGCUCUCUCGGAAAGGCGGCAGCAGCAGCAGCAGCAGCAUCAACUCCAUCCUCCCAUUGAAGCGUCCGACUUCAGCUCCAGCUCCAGCUUCAACUAAAGCUCCGAUGUCUCACGAAUCCCUCAUCUCCCGACCGGUGGCUACCAACGACCCUUACGAUGUUGCCUGGGUUCAAGGUCGAACCAUCCUCAUCACCGGAGGCGCUUCCGGAAUCGGGGCCGGCUUGUUCAGAAAGUGGGCGGAAAAUGGCGCAAACAUAGUCAUCGGGGACAUCAAUGACAAGCUGGGUGAGGAAUUGGUGGCUGAGGUUCGAAAGACAACGGGAAACCAACAUCUUCACUAUAUUCACUGUGAUGUGACCAAUUGGCUCUCUCAGGUCCAUUUCUUCAAGACCGCCAAGCAGCUCAGUCCAACUGGCGGUAUCGACGCCGUCGUUGCAAAUGCUGGCAUCACGGACGGGAAUAAAAUUUUCGACAAGAAUGUGCAUGACUAUGAGGCUUUGGAGAACCCUCCUGCACCUGUUUUCAAAUGCCUAGACGUCAAUCUUACUGGUGUCAUGUACACGGCGAAACUUGCUAUAUAUUAUCUUUCCAAAAAUCCCGAAUCUAGCAAGGCUAGCACUUUGGUGACUCCAGCGCCAAACACAAGAGACCGUCAUCUGUUGUUGGUGGGAUCCAUUGCUUCGCUGGGCUCUCUUCCGGGCUUAGUGCAAUACAAUGCCUCGAAACAUGCUGUGUUGGGAUUGUUCAGAUCUUUGAAUACCACGUCUUUUCUCAAUGGAUUACGGGUUAAUAUUAUUCUUCCAUAUUUCACGGAUACCCCCAUCCUACCAGUUUCUGCAAAACUUCUUCUGGCAGGCGGGGCGAUGGGUACACCGGAAGAUGUAGUUGAGGCUGCGACAAGAUUAAUGGCCGAUACGAGGUUGGUUGGUAGAGCUUUGGCAAUUGGUCCCAGAGCUACGGUAGAUAAAAAUGGACAUUUGUGUGAAGCCAAUGUACCUGGGUCAAGAGAAACUUCUGUUUGGGAUAUUGAUGCACUGGACUUUUCUGCCACAGGUCAGUCGAUGUUUAUCUCAUAGGCUCAUCACGACUAAUCUGUUUUUAUAGAAACAUUCACCAGGAGAUUCGUUGGGUUAUUGACUCAGAUUGAGAGAACUCGAGGGUGGGUUGGCUUGGUGAAAGAUAUAUUCAGGGUAUUGUUGAAUCCCUUUCGAGGUUUGUGGCAGUGAUGAGCAAUCUUUGCUUCCUCUUAGCACCUCCACCAUUUGGAAGUUGGAUUUCGAUAUACCCAGAAAUCUGUAAGUGCAUUCUCGAAUAGUGACUUGGAUCAUCCAAACAUUUGGGAACGCCCGAUAUCUGUUUAUAGCUAUACUCUAUAGAUCUUCUCAAAAGUCAAUUAUUCUAAACCUUCAAUACGACCUUUAACCAUUGGAGCAUGCGAUGGACGGGUACUUAAACUCCUAUAAGAGUUCAGUAAUGUCUAGUGGCUGCUAUUUAAACCUACCUGUCGCGAAUUCCUUUUUCUUAGGUAGGGAUUCUUAGCUUUCUAUACCUUUUACAUCGCUCCUUCCUUACUAUGUUUAUUGUGCAUCGCUGUCGAUGCUCCAUUCACCUCCUCGCUCCUUCCUAUAUUUCUUCACAUCAAGAUGAUGCUUAGCAAUGCCCUUCUAUCUGCUUUUCGCUCAACAUUGGCAAGCUGCCUGCAUUUUCAUACAACUGCUUUCAAGACCAGCUUUACAAAAUUCUACUUCGGCGCGUCAGCUAUCUACCAAACAUGUCCCAAACCUGGCAACGUCCUCGUCUCUACGACGAUCCCUUCACAUCCCCUCCAUACCCUCCCAAGGACAGUGCCUUCAGAUGGGCAAGCAGAGUAGCGCGGCCCUCUCCCUCGUCCCGCUUCUCAAGCUGUCGCCUCUCCCCAAUGCGUAUGAUCAUCUUUUUAGUCGCCGUUGCUACAGUUGUACUUAUCAGAGACCACAUACCAAACUUUUAUCGGAGUGUUAUGCGUCAGGUUAGUAAAGAUCCUUUAUAAAGUCCAAAGUAUGACUAAUUUGCAGCUAGCAUCCCACCUCCUCGCUUCCAAACCUAACAGAACUGCCCUUCCUCGCCUUCCCCUCCCCCGAACUAACACCCUACCGCCUCCCUGAUCGCAGCGAUACCUUCACCACCUACAAACAUCGAGAGACAUGUAACAUCUCGUCUCUCGAUCUCCACACCCCCUUCAGCCCGCUGUGCGCAGAUAGACAAUCAAUGCUAACUGCCAUGGCGUCCGGGGGACGAAUCGGAAAUGGAGCCCCGUAUAUGCCGAGGGAUUGUGAUAUGAGGUGGUUUACUACCGAGGAGGUGUGUGAGAUUCUGGGGCGCUUUGAGAGGGUUGUGCUAGUGGGGGAUUCGAUGUUGAGACAUGUUGUUGGGAGUUUGAAUGUUUUGUUGCGGAAGGAUUUGGGGUAUGGGGCUGUGACGGAUUGGAAUUUUUCGGCGAUGGAGAGGUAGGUUUUUUGUUCUCCUUUUAUUCCUUUUCCUGAUAAGAUUGAUAUAAUGGGGGUGGUUUUACUAAUUACUGGGGGUGUGAUAGGAAACAGUGUUUCUGUAAUGAGCAGUUUGAUGUCAAAGCCUGCUCGGUCCAGGGAAUUUAUUCGACGGACGAUGUCUUGAAGAAUGAUCCUCUUAGCUUAUCAUGUUCCAACAAAAUCAAUCUAAUCAGUAAGAUUACAUCUCCCUCCACUCCCGCAGUCUUUUUAAACUAACUCCCACCAGUGGAACAAAUCAACACCUUCCCCAUCCCCCCCGAAGAACUCGCCCGCCUUAAACUCAGCGUCGGCACCACCUCCCGAACCCCCAAACCCAAAGCCUUCAUCCUCGGCCACGGCCUCUGGAACAACCUAGAGCUGCAAAAAACCGUCUCCUGGCUCGACGCCGUGCUGUCCGUCAUCCGUGCCGAGCCAUCAUCAUCUUCUAACUGCCUCUUCCUCACCCCCAGCGCGGCAGGACGUGAGAAACCCGAUGAAUGGAUUGUUUCUCAGGGCAACAAGGCGCUGGUCUUGUUUGAGGAAGCGACGGGAAUCGAGGCGAGGAAGAGGGGUGUGGAACACCUUGGGACGUGGAAUAUGAGUAUUCAAGCACGUAAGUAUGAUGGGGUACAUCUUGAUAUGAGGGGGAAUUUGGUGAAGGGGAUGAUGGUUGUGAAUUGGUUGGAUUGGAUUGGGCGGUGA